AUGAGCACCUUUCAAAGUCAAGCAUACAAUGUCUCUCCCUUCACCACCGCCGUGGUGUCCUCGAUGCGCCGGCUCUACCCCGAGUCCCUCGCAGAUAAAUCCUUCGACAAUACGGGUCUGUUAGUCGAAGCUCCCUUCAUACCCUCGCGGCCUCGAAACCGCAACUCGGUACUGUUGACCGUCGACCUGACUCGAGCCGUCGCAGAAGAGGCGAUUGAGAACAACCACUCUGUCGUGGUCGCAUACCAUCCCAUCAUAUUCCGCGGUCUCAAAUCCAUAACCACGGAUGACACCCAGCAGCUGUCCAUGACGCUGCUCCUUGCGCAUGGCAUCAGCGUCUACUGUCCGCACACAGCGGUUGAUACGGUUCCUGACGGAAUGGCCGAUUGGCUCUGUGAUAUUGUGACGGGGAAGGUGGACGAUCCGGAGCCAGAGGCAUAUGCAGCAACUUAUCUUCCCUCAGAUACAGAAGUCACAACCUCGGAAAGCGGUUCGGAAGGACAUUCCAAUCCUUCUACAAAACCCACCUCUCCUUCUGCGGAUCACGAUGAGGACGCAAUGACGGACCCCUUCACCACUCCUAAAGCUAAGAAGAAGCUCUCUCGCCCGAGCCAUGCGCACAGAACCUACUCCAGGCCAAGCAUGCCACUCCCAACAUCUGAUUUCCAAGCCGCCGCCAUCUCUCAUACUCGGAGUGUCAUCACCCCUUCUCCCCGCGCAUCCCUUGACGCAGCAAAUCAGUUUACGUCGUCCGAUACCUACAAUACCUCGAACACUGGAGCUGGCCGGUUGAUUGAGUUUUCUUCUCCUCAACCUCUAACGCUCCUGAUCACUCGCAUCGCUCAUGCAAUCGGCCUUCCCAAAGGCUUUGCGGUGGCCAUCCCUCAAGGGAGGAAUCUCGAGGAGAUAGCUAUUGCGAGCGUGGCCACGUGUCCGGGCAGCGGAGGAAGCGUGGUCCGGGGUUGUAAGGCGGACUUGAUAUUCACGGGCGAGCUGAGUCACCACGAGGCCCUCGCGGUUAUUGAACGGGGUGGUUGUGUGAUUGCUCUGUUUCACUCCAACUCCGAGAGAGGCUAUCUUUGGAACGUGAUGAGGGAACGGCUGGAGCGGGAGGUCAGCGAGGAGUGGGCCAAGGUGAGAGGUGAAGAGACUGGAAAGAGUGGUUUGACCGAGCAGAUCAAAGAGAUGUUGAAUGAUGAGAGUGUGGAGGUGGUAGUCAGUGCAAGGGAUAGAGAUCCCUACGGCGUUGUGGUCCUGGAUGAGACCGCAGUGGAGGGAGUCAAAAUUGACGGGGGAGAGAGUUGA